AUGGACUACUUACUUGAUCGCGACUGGCGCUCGCCGAUCCGUUAUCCCGACCCUGCCAUUGAAGUCCUGGACCAGGCUUUUCGCCAGUACGUGCUGGCUAGCGCAGCGUUGGAACGCAUCUGGACAGGCGGUCGCUGGACCGAAGGUCCUGUAUAUUUCGGUGAUUUACGCAGCCUCAUCUGGAGUGAUAUUCCCAACAACCGAAUGAUGCGUUGGGAUGAGACCAGCGGCGAAACCUCUGUUUUCAGGGCGCCUGCCGACUAUGCCAACGGCAAUACCCGGGACCUGCAGGGUCGGUUAAUCACCUGUGAACAUGGCAGCCGGCAGGUCACCCGCACAGAGCACGAUGGCACGGUAACUGUGCUGAUCAAACACUUCGACGGGAAGCGGCUGAACGCGCCAAACGAUGUGGUGGUCCAUCCCGAUGGUGCCAUCUGGUUCACUGACCCCGGCUACGGUAUUCACUGGCACUACGAAGGCCACAAAGCGCAGUUCGAACUGCCCACACGAAUCUAUCGCCUCGAUCCCGACAGCGGUGCAGCUACAAUCGUGGAUGAACAGCUCAACAAACCCAACGGACUGGCCUUCUCCCCGGAUUAUAAAAAACUCUACGUUUCCGAUACCGGUGCAUCACAUACUCCGGGGCAUCCACGAGCGAUCCACGUGUUCGACGUCAUCGACAAUGAACGCUUGAGCCCACCUACGCAGUUCUGCGACUUUGAAACUGCCGGGCCUGAUGGCUUUCGCGUAGAUACGCAGGGCAACUUAUGGUGCGGGGCUGCCUGGGGCGACGCUGGCGCAGACGGUGUAUUUGUCUACGCGCCAAACGGUAAAAAGAUUGGCGCGAUCCACCUGCCCGAGGGGGUAUCAAACGUUUGUUUUGGGGGACCGAAGCGCAACCGCCUGUUCAUGACUGGGUCGCAGUCCGUUUAUGCACUUUAUGUUGACGCUCAGGGUAUGCCCUACCCGGGAUAA